AUCGGGCUGAAGCGCUGGGUACGGGCACUCCUCGAGAGCAACUUCACGAUCGAGUCGACCCACGUGGAGGUGGGCAGAGUGCACCUCCCACCCGAGGCCCUCAAGGGCGACAAGGGCAGGGCACAGUGGCUGAAGUCGCUGCUCACAGCCAUGCAGGCCUCCAAGUGGAGCCCCCCGGCGAGGCACGCGGCCUGCAGGUCAAGAGGCGGCUCUCCCACGUGUCCAUGUCCAUCGGGGACGUGGUCCAGAUAG